AUGUUGCGGUCGUUUUUAUGGCUCUCCUUCCUUCUGGCGGCAGCGGCGAGGCGUUCCGUGAUCCCUGACCCUGACCCGACGCCGGUGAUCUUGCGAGAACUGAAUAUCAGCGACCGGCAUCAGAUCUACAUCCAGUCCGGCGAGAAGGCCUAUCCCCAGGUGAACCUGGCGCUGAAGCCCUUGACGUAAGAGAUUUUCGAAGUUUUCGGAUGGAAUAGGUGUUAAGACGAAGCACAGCAUUCCGAAUUGUUUUUGCCGCCGACCGGCGUCCGAAAAAAUGAAAAAAUGUGACUCGCCCCUUACAUUUUUGCCAAUAUCUCGCUAGCCUCGAAGUGUAGCGUGAAUCUGAAAAUUGUGUUUCAAAGCUGAUACAUUUGUCCUUCAGAAUAUAUUAAUUUUGUAAUGAUACUUAUUAUGUACGGCAAGGAAACCGUUGCUGAAAAAUGGCAAAUUUCAACAUUCAAUGCCAGAAAAAUGUACUUUCUAAGUGCCAGAUCGCAAAAUUAUGGGCCUCAUUGUGUACAGCAUCUUGAAUACUAUAAGAUAUAACAAUUUCAGGCAUUUUCUGGCCCGAUUCGCAGAGUUAUAGCCGAAAAACUGCAAUUUUGGCCUUUUUAUUGAGCUAUCUGCACUUUAAAAGUACAUACAAAAAAUCCCUCUUAAAUUAUUGUUGCCCAGGUUGUGAUGGACCAUUGCGCAAAAUCUCAGCUUUCCAGGACUCCUCCGGAAAAAGUUAUAACGGUUACAAUAUGAGACCCUCGUAUGUCCAAUAUUUAGUAAAAUACGGUGAACUAUGGUGCAAUAUGGUGUUAAAUGAUGGAAUUUCUAUUGCUGCUGUCGCAUUGGUUGGGGUAAAAAAAUUUAUCGUAAUUACACGGUCAACUACAUAAAAAAAUUUCCCAGCUAUGUCCCCAACUUUUCACUGUUUUCCCUUUAGUAUAGCGAAAACUUGAAAUCGUGUCCCUCGUGCGGAAAAAUCUGAGAGACAGUGUUCAGGUUUCGAGUAAGUUUACGUAGGCCAUAUAGAGCUAUUUUUUACCAUGGUGUACUGUAUUUUACAAAAUAUUGGGCAUACAAGGGUCACACAUUGUAACCGUUAUAACUUUUUCCGGAGGAGUCCUGGAAAGCUGAGAUUUUGCGCAAUGGUCCAUCACAACCUGGGCAAUAAUAAUUUAAGAGGGAUUUUUUGUAUGUACUUUUAAAGUGCAGAUAGCACAAUAAGAAGACCAAAAAUGCAGUUUUUCGGCUAUAACUCUGCGAAUCGGGCCAGAAAAUGCCUGAAAUUGUUAUAUCUUAUAGUAUUCAAGAUGCUGUACACAAUGAGGCCCAUAAUUUUGCGAUCUGGCACUUAGAAAGUACAUUUUUCUGGCAUUGAAUGUUGAAAUUUGCCAUUUUUCAGCAACGGUUUCCUUGCCGUACAUAAUAGGUAUCAUUACAAAAUUAAUAUAUUCUGAAGGACAAAUGUGUCAGCUUUGAAACACAAUUUUCAGAUUCACGCUACACUUCGAGGCUAGCGAGAUAUUUGCAAAAAUGUAAGAGGCGUAUCUCAUUUUUUCAUUUUUUCGGACGCCGGUCGGCGGCAAAAAUAAUUCGGAAUGCUGUGCGAAGUAAAAAAACAGCCACAACGUUUCUUUAUUAGUUUUAUUUGGAUGGAAAUUUAAAAAUUCAAAUUUCCCGCCACUUUUGGCAUUGUGUUGCAAGGGCUGGAAAGCCUCAAAAAUUCACAAAUAGUCUUUAUAACUUACCUUUUGACCAUUGCCUGAAGAAUAAGGUAAUUUUCAGCACUUGCAACAGAAUGCCAAGAUUUUGAAUUUUUUUCAAAUUUUACUGUAAUUUUGAGGAAAGCCAGGUCUGCAGUAUCGCGGAGAGCACUGUGGAUGCAUCAGACUUUGAUUUCGACCUUAAAUUAUCGGUUUUCUGGCCUCUGCUCAUAUAUUACGUACAACAUUUUUGCCAUUCUAGGUCCGCUGGCUCGAUCGUGGUGAGCACGGCGUUGUGCUCGAUCUUCAAGAUCAACCUGGAGCCGAACAAUGUGGUGGAGAUCGUCCAUGGCAAUGUCUCCAAAAGAUUCAAAGCCGUUAACUUCAUCUUGCUCCGUUACGCGCCCGAUUAUGGCCUGUGGGUGUCGGGACAGCAUUAUAACAGCACCGGCUGCAAUUUGGCGAUUGAAGCGCUGGAGAUUUUCGAUGUCUACCCACUCACCUUUGAGGUAGGACGAGAAAUUUUCUUUUUUUUUGUUUUUCGGAUUUUCAUAAAAAAAUCUCCAAAAAAUCCGUCAUUAGGACACAUUUAAUUAUUCAAAUUUAAAUGCUUUUCUUUGUGAAAAUGAGUAACUAAUUUCAUGUAGAUACCAAAAAAAAGCUUUUUGCUGAUUUUUAGAAGAAUUCCAAAAAAUCCGUCAUGAUGACAUUUCUAGCGACUGAAAUUCAGCCGAUUUCAAAUCCUGAACAUGGUCUUUGAUAAUCGUUUUAUUUGUGAAAAAAUUGCGCCCUAUUUUUGAAUAGUAUAUAUGACCAAUUUAAGCAUUCCAAAAAAACCUGUCAUCAUGACAUCCUUUUUGUUUAAAAUUUCUUACAAUUUUUUGCCGAAAAUUAGUCAGUUUCAUUGUCUUCUAACCGAGAAAAAUGUAAAAAUGAAUACCGUUUCAGUCCUUGGACGGUGCCCAGAUUUUGAUCAAAGAGAUGUACCCGGACCGUUUCAUUCGUCACGAAGCCACCGAGAGUUUGAGCGAACUUGCCGGUGGAUACCAGAAUCCGAAUCGCCCGCUUUCCGAAGUCUUUCAAGCCAAUUAUACGGCGCCACCACCGAAGGUGGAGAAGGACAGAACGUCGUCGUAUCUUGUUUUGCUCUUCCCUUUCUUUGUGUAAGUCGUAUUUUUCGCGAUGAUACGGAUGUUUGACAUGUUGCAUAGAGUUUGCAAAUCUUGUCUACAUCAUUUUCCGUAAUUUUUCGACUAAAAAUUGUUUAAUCUUUUAUCUUCCCGCCAAGUUUGGCAUUGUGUUGCAAGGGUUGAAAAACGUUCUAAAUGACUUUACAAAAAUUUUUGUUGAUGCUAAUCGCAAAAAAUAAAUAUUUUGUGAAGUUUAAAGCCAAUUUAGAGCCUUGAAACAGAAUGCCAAAGAUGGCGGGAAGCUCAAGUUUUAAUAAUUUCAGCCUUAUAUGAAUAGCUGUAAUUGUGUUUAUCCGGUAUUACACCAAUUUUUAACGAAAUUACUCGAAUAUUGUUUUAGUGGUCUGCUGAUCGGCUUCAUCGCCAUAUUCAUCUUUGUUCGCUGCUGCUGGUGGAGCUCGGAUGAUGUAAGUAAUAUUUUUCAAGUUUAAACGUAUUUUUCACUGUUUUGAAACAAUGUUUUGAGGCUUUAAGUUUUUUCCAAAUUUAAAUUCCAUCGUAUAAAAUGUCGCUGUUUUAGAUCAACAAGCCAGAGGCUAUCAAGCGGAACCAGAAGGGCAAAAAGGCGGGAAAGGGCAAUGCUAAGAGUAAGAAGGAGAAAAGCUCCAAGAGUAAGAUGAGUAAGGCCGGUAAGGGAAGCAAAGAGUCCAAGAGUAAGGCCGGUAAAGGAAGCAAGGAGUCCAAGAGCAAGGCCAGCAAGGCGACCAAGAGUAACAAGGGUAAGAUAAAGUGUUUUUGGCAGGCGGCAAGGAAAUUGUUAGGUUGUUUUAGCCUACGUACGAAGAUGUUGAAAGGGCGACCUGAUGUUAAAAAAAUCAAAUUUUUGAAUUUUCGCUGUCUUUGGCAUUCUGUUGCAAGGGCUGUAAAAACACGAGCAAUACAAUUUGGAAGUUUUAUUUGAAUUUCUGAAGCUUAGGACGUAUGAAAUUCACUUUUUAAAUUCAAAAAUGCAAUUUCCCGCCGUUUUUGGCAUUCUGUUUUAAGUGUUGAAAGCGUGAUAAAAAUCCCUGAAAUUAUCAAGAUAGUUGAUUCCGAGAGUUAUCUCUGAGUUUAUGACGCUUUUAGCUAUUCAAAUUUAUGUUCACAACAAAGAUUUUUGAAUUUCAGUCGCUUUUGGCAUUCCGUUUGAAACAUCGUAAAAGCCAAUUUAAAUUUUCAGUUAUCGAAAUAAGUGCUUAGAAUUUUCUUAGAAGAUUUAUUGAUGACUAGAAUGCUGAUUUUUUAGAAAAGUCGAGCAAAGCCCCUGCUCCCAGCACGGACAACAAGGAAUCUAACAAUAAGGAAAGCAAGGAAUUCGUCAAAUCCUUCAGCUUGGCCCCAGGAGAAUCGGCCCCUGCCUACGAAAACCUCUAA